AGGGACGGCUAAUAGGCGAGCAAGGAGGGGAGGAAUGGAUGCGAGGUAGGCGGUUUAGGAAGCUGGUUUAAAAUCUGGAGGAAAAAAAAAAAAAGCAGCUUUUCUAAUAAGAAUGGUCGCUCGGACAAAUGCAACGCUUGAGAGAUGCAGAUAGUUCGAUGUUUAAACCGGAGUGCAUUUUACCCGUCAGGAGGCGGCUGGACGGAAGGAACAGGGAGCCCUGAUUCCCAAAGUAUGCUGUAUUUUGCAAAACUCAUAUUGCUGCUCUUUUGCGGGGUCCUUCUCGGAGAAAGUAGGAAGCACAGAAAGGGGAGAUGGACGGCAGAAGCCCAGGUGCAAAAAAUAAGUUACUCAUAUAAAAAGAACUAUGACAUGACCAAAACUUGGCCAGGGAGCAGCAAAAGGCUUCUGAGAGUAGAGGACCAUGAUUUCUCCAUGAGGCCUGCCUUUGGAGGUCCAGCUAUUCCUGUUGGGGUGGAUGUGCAGGUUGAAAAUUUGGACAGUAUUUCAGAAGUCAAUAUGGACUUUACAAUGACACUGUAUUUGAGACAUUAUUGGAAGGAUGAGCGUCUCUCCUUUCCCAGUCGUACGAACAGGAGCAUGACUUUUGAUGGACGGUUGGUAAAGAAGAUCUGGGUGCCAGACAUUUUCUUUGUCCACUCUAAAAGAUCCUUCAUUCAUGAUACCACCACUGACAACAUCAUGUUGCGGGUGUUCCCAGAUGGCCAUGUGCUCUAUAGCACGAGGAUCACAGUGACGGCAAUGUGCAAUAUGGACUUCAGCCGUUUCCCCCUAGAUUCACAGACAUGUUCAUUGGAGCUUGAAAGCUAUGCAUAUACAGAUGAAGAUUUGAUGUUAUAUUGGAAAAAUGGGACCGAAUCCCUAAAAACAGAUGAAAAGAUUUCCUUGUCUCAAUUCUUGAUUCAAAAAUUUCACACAACCUCCAGACUUGCUUUCUAUAGUAGUACUGGUCGGUACAACCGCCUUUACAUUAACUUUAUUCUACAUCGCCAUAUUUUCUUCUUUCUGCUCCAAACAUAUUUUCCUGCCACGUUGAUGGUCAUGUUAUCCUGGGUUUCCUUCUGGAUAGACCAUAGAGCUGUGCCUGCAAGAGUGUCAUUAGGAAUCACAAUAGUCCUGACCAUGUCUACCAUCAUCACUGGUGUCAAUGCCUCCAUGCCUGGCGUUUCCUAUAUCAAGGCUGUGGACAUUUACCUCUGGGUCAGUUUUGUGUUUGUCUUCCUCUCGGUCAUUGAAUAUGCAGCGGUGAACUACCUGGCAACAGUGCAAGAGCGAAAGGAGCAAGAAAAGUUUCCAUGCAUGGGUGGAAUUUCUACAAAAGGAAUGACAAUAGAUGGCAUAUACAGUGAGUUGGAUGUUUGUAGCCCAGAAGGAGAUCCCAAAAAUCAAAUAGUAUCUGAGGUAACUGAGGAGGAUAAACAAGAGAAGAUGGUGAUCCAUUUGACUAUGAGUAAUGAGUCUAACUCAUCAAAGAAGAAAGGGCUCAAAGAGCAUGUUAGCCUACGUAUUAUCCAGAACACUCAUGCAAUUGACAAAUAUUCAAGGUUAAUAUUUCCAGGCACCUAUAUAUUUUUUAACAUAGUAUACUGGUCUGUCUUCUGCUGAACAUGCUGUAGCUCUCAUUAACUCAGGAGAUAUGUAGAAGAUUCCGGUAAUAAAAUUUUGGAUUCCAAGUGAGAAAAUAAUCCAUCCUGUAUCGGCUGUGGCGCAUGGAAACACUGGAUAUUUUUCUAAGAAACAUUUUAUACAAUGGUAUUGGAGAUGAUUGACUCAAGCUGGAUACUUUCUGCUCUCUGACCAGUUUGCUUUUCAUAUGUGAAAAUAUGCAGCUGUUGAACUUUAGUCUCAGCCAUUGCAGUGUCAUCAUAGUAGGCAUAAAGGCUAUACUUAUAAAAGUGGCUAGGAAUCUGCUCUGUGAUCUUUAUUGAGACAGUUGGAGAAAGAUAAAUCUGUCAGCCAGCACAAUGAUGCGGUCCAUCUUUAUCAUAAGGGAUUGUUGGCACCCCUUAUGAAAUUUCUUUUGUUAAGAAGCAGGCGCUGUGAAGCAGUCCCCAAGCUAGAUUGACAGGUUAGAAUGCAUCUGGAUACAUGCAAGGAUCUUGGAAAGGACUGCCCUUAUCAGGAUCAUGCACUUACAAAUUUUUCUCAAAAAUACAUUGAUUUUUGAUUCAAUGUAUUUGAUUUUCAUUAUCCUCAACUCAAAUUAUCCUCAAAUUUAACUAAACUGAGCAGUUGAUAAGUUAAAAGAACGAAGAAGACGUGUGCUUAAAUAUUAAAUAUACUUCUAAAGAAUGCCUUCAGAAGCAAGUUCUUUGCACUAUUCUAGAUAUCUUUCUUCACCUCGGGCUGUUGCAUUUACUGGUCCAUGCAAGUAUUCUGAAUGAAAUAUACAGGUAGCCCUCAUUUAGCAAGUGCUUUAUUUAGCAACCAUUCAUGGUUACCACAGUGAUGAAAAAGUUUGCAAUCAAUCCCCACAUUGAUGACCUUCACAGGUUUGUAAAGCGAAGGAAAGUUGAAGUAAUAUCAUAAGGACAGUGGCAGUUUCACUUAGCAACCACUAUGCUGAACAACCUUGUUGCCAGGCUCAGUUUGUGGUUGCAAAAUGAGGACUACUUGUAUGUCUGGUGUUCUGUAAUCACUUUCAGUGAUGUUGAAGGAACCACUAGGCUUCAGUAUCUGGAAGCAGCAUAGGGCUAGCCCAAGACAUUUUGCUGCUGAAAUGAAGUGUCCUCUCUCUUCCUCAUAUGGAAAUUGAUGGGACUGGUAGUUUUAUGAUACCUUUAGCCUUCUACCCUUUAUCUUAGGCAGAUAACAUCUGUGACCUCCUGGAGCAAGUUUUUAUUCUUGCUGUUUAAAAUUUGUCUAUAAAGAAGCAUAGUUACUUGUUCUUUAUAAUUCUGUUUCCUCCUUUGCAUGUAGAAUAUGUACUAUUUUAUAAAUCUUUUCAGUAGUUACUUGAUAAAAUGCUAGUAUCCUUUCUGAAAGUAGGAUUACCAGGCAUUAUAAAUAGUUUAUUUUGCAGUAACAAAACUACAUUUUCAAGCUGCGUCACUCAUGUUUUACUUAUUUAGAUCAGUGAACAAUAGAAAAAUGAAUCUGAAACUCAAGUCUGAUUUUUUUAAAAUGAAGAAUCAGAAGAGAACAUUCCAGACUGAAUUCACAGGAUAUCCCAUCCUUGGCAGGCUGGCAGGGCAGAAAUGAGGUUAGGGAACCUUUAGGGUCUCUCUGCUGUUUCCCAUCAAUCUAAAUUUUCUUGUCCUUUCUGUCCAUUAUGAGCAAUAGGAGGGAAUAGAUUCAGACUAAUAAGCCAUUGUUUAUUUUCAGUUCCUUCUUCAAAUGGGCAAGAGGAGCAAAUGGAAAUGGCAAUGGUAAAAUGCCAUGGAAUAACAAAUGGCCAACAAUAAAUUUGUAACAUAUGGAGAGUCUAGUCCACAGUUUAUUCUUUCUUUCUGUGCAUACAUGGCAACAUAAAUGACAAUUCUUGCAUUUGACGAACAGAGGGAAGAUCCUUUCAACAAAUACUGCCUGACUAAUCUACCGUAAAUUUCACUCCUCAAAUCUGCUUCUUCAAAUCAUGAGAGAGACAACAUAUAUGAAUCCCUCAGAGGAUUUCAGAACAAUCUGCCAUGGUGCUGUUGCCAUUUUUUCAAAUCUCCCUGAUCACGCAAUUAUUACAUAGAUAUAAAAGGGUGUGGAGAAGUGGCCCCCCUUUUGUAAGGUAAGGUUUCCCUCGCAUAUAUGUGCUAGUUGUCCCUGACUCUAGGGGGCAGUGCUCAUCUCCGUUUCAAAGCCGAAGAGCCAGCGCUGUCGGAAGACAUCUCCGUGGUCAUGUGGCCAGCAUGACUAAACUCCAAAGGCGCACGGAACGCUGUUACCUUCCCACCAAAAAUCCCUAUUUUUCUACUUGAAUUUUUUACGUGCUUAUGAACUGCUAGGUUGGUAGAAGCUGGGACAAGUAAUGGGAACUCACCCCGUUACGCGGCACUAGAGAUUCGAACCGCUGAACUGCCGACCUUUUGAUCAAAAAGCUCAGUGUCUUAGCCACUGAGCCACCACGUCCCUUUUUCCUUCUCCUAUACCCUUGUCCUAUAUAUAACCAUUAACUGGUUAAGAACAUAAUCAAGAAAUUGGAUGCCUUCAUUUUACAGGUAUGUUUCCCCUCAGGGCAGAGAGAAGUUCUGAAUGAAGGAUGAUUCAAGUAAAAGCAUAUAUCCACCAUCUGCCCUUUCCACACUGUGUUGGAUACAGAUCUCCACAAUUACUCUUACGCUAUAGGAAAUGCGAUUUCUGUGAUGACAUCUUCCAGUGCACAUCCUAUGUGGGGACUGAGAAGUUGCGAUGUUAAUUCCCAUUUGAAAGUCGAAUCCUCCAACUGGGAAAUCUGAAUUCUAACUAGUCCUAAGAAAAAAUGGCUACAAUAUGAUAGGAGAAGAACUCUGCAUGUCUUCCAACCCAUUAAUUCUCAGUGGCCUCCAUGAGAUGAAUGGUGCUCUGGGACAGAUUGCAUAAGUUGGGAACAUGUACUUCUUAAAUGUACCAGCUUAGUCUCUGAAACUCGAGCAUUGCAGUGAUACAAUUUUAUAAGAAGAGACAGGUAAUGGUGUAGUUUUUAUUGUGAACCAGACUUGUGCUCUAAAGUACAAAUAUUUUAAACAAGUAAUUGAGAAAUGAA